AUGCAGAUGAACGAUGUCGGCCAUCAUCCAAUCAAAAAUGUCGAAAAUGACUCUAUCGACAUCAUUCUUAGUAAUGAUUUUUCCAAUUUCACUUUUUCAAUUGACUUUGGCCAGUACUUUCAAACUCCCCAAUCGGCUGGAGAUGAUAUUGAAAUUGGUCCAUCAAUGGGUAAAAGUGGUGAGGAGCCACUACAUCCGUUCGGUGGAGGUCUCAGUUCUCACUUGCUUGAUGCUAUUUACAUGUCGGGUGGUCCCGUAUACAAUUCUUUCAUUUGGGAGUUGAAAAGAUUGGCAUGUUCUAGCUUCUUUUGGCAAUUUCAAAUGAUCCCUCAACUCCAAUGUUAUUGGCAUCCAAUGAACACUCAGAUACAUACAUGUCAUAGAUGCCACAUAUAUAAUGCAAAAAAACAUUUUAAAGGUUUACAAGGUGUGUGGAUGUGGAGGGAGAAAGGGCUCAAGUCCCCAUGGCAGAAAAGACAUGUUCAGGAUAAAAGGAGCGGAAAUGCGGAGAUGGGAGGAGAUUGUUGGAUUGAGUCAACAAAAGUCAACAUUCUGAGGAAUUUGCAGUCCCAUGGCAUGGCCACUUGUUUUCCAUUUCGUGGCAGAGAGUUUUUCCUUGAUUAA